GUCCGAUUGCACAACUCAACAAACUGUUAUUUUUGUUUACGUUUACACUUUAGGAGACUUCUGCAAUUUGAAAAUGGUAAGUUUCAGUCGAUGGAACGUUUCAGUAUUUAUUUGUUUAUUCAAGUGGCCCAGUUUUUAGUAUGUCUAUAAACUGAUCGUUUAGCUGUGCACUGAAUGUUUUCAGUUUGUAGUUUCUCAAUCCUUUCCAGAACGAAGCUAGUUUACCACAUAUAGUUAAGUGAGUCAGAAGUGUUAUUUUUUUGUUUUUCUAUCGAAAUCCAGUGGAUAAAAGGAAACACGUACAUGUUCCUUUUUAACAAACUCAUCAAGUAAGUGUACACUACAGUAUGAUUGAAGCGAAAUUCUUGUUUUUUUCCAGCCCAAGGAAGGAAAAUCAAAAGUUCAUUGUAAAAAAGUGGUUCAUCCUAAUUCUAGAAAAGCUGUGAAGCUGGCACGACAGGCUCACAGGGAUGAAAAACUACAAAGGUGAAAAACCCUGCAUUUUGUAUGAGAGAGAGGUGAUAUUGUGAUAUUAAUGCAUCAGUCAAUUCCAGCUGUGCCCAACCCCACCCCACCCCCGGGCUGACCCCCAGCAUUAGCAAUUUUUUGGCCUUGGAUGGCAAAUUCCCUGGGGAUGGGGACUCUUGAGCUGUCAAAUCCGCCUGGGUGGGGAGGAAAAAAGAGGGCAAAUGCCCCGUCCUUCGUCAACACUGUAACAUUUUUCAUUGAUUGCACAGUCGAAUAAUGCCGUUUUAGGCAUUUUAAUGUAUGAUUUUUUGUUUCAAUGAACGUCUUCCUUUGUAAUAGCGCUAGGAUUCUAAUGAAGACUUCAUGCUGCGACGACAUGCACCAGUGGGCUGGGCACAGCUGGAAUUGACUGAUGCAUAAUGACCAAAUAAUACCACUAGAUUUAGGUAACGAGAUUCUAUUCUAUAGAAAAGAAAAUUGAUAAAUUAAGGGUAAAAUUUGGACAAACAACAUGGCCUUGAGACAGCGACAUGAGACAGAUAAAAUGGUGACAAGCAAGACAAAGAGGGUUAUAACUGAGCCAAUGACAGAGGUGAAUGCAUAGUAAAAUACUGACAGGGACAUUGCUUCCUCCUCAAUACAGAAUGAAAAGUUUUUUGAAAUGUGUAGUUCCAGAAAAUAUCCAAAACAAACCUGCCUCCACAGAAGACAACUGGAAAUUCCAAUGGGGUAAGUGGGUUCUCAGAAAGGCAGGAAUUUCCAAGGGAAUGGAGGAUUUUAGGAAUCUCCACUUCGAGAGGGUGAAGGAAGAAAAAGAAAUUGAAAGUAAUGCACGACAGAUCUAUAGCAUGAAAUAAUGUUUUCUUUUUUUGAAUGGAGAUUAGAGCUCCUGUCCAUUGAGAUGAAGUUAACGUAAUUAGCUUUAAUGAUUCUGUUUUUGUUUAUAAAUGACAGUUAUUAUUCAUUCAAAAUAUUUCCCCGAUUCUGAUUGGCUAAAAGCAAACAUUUAAUUCACCAUAACCAGUUACUGAUGACCAAAUUUGGAAGAAUUUUGUGUUUAACGAGGAAAUGACGUCAAAAAUGCAGGUUAAGGUUUGUGCAGGUUAAGGCACCGUUAACCAAGAAGACCUGGGGACGAGGUUGAGUUGUUUUGGUUUGUGUAAACAAAAAUGGCGGUCGUUUCACUCGUUUCAAGAGUAAGAACUAGGUGAAAAAAUAGCUAAAAACAUGGCAAGAACAGCAAGAAGACAACUGGAAGGGCGACAUCUGCUAUUUGGAGAAUAUUUGCGGAGCUAGACAAACCUAAACGUGCACACUCGAAGGUGAACUUAACAUCGAUGGAUUGAUGGAGGUAAGCAUGUUUUAGCCAUGUUUUUAAACUAGGAAUUAUUUUGAAUGAAUAAUAAAACAAUUAUUGAAUUUGGCUUUGGUAUCAUAUGAAGAAUUAUGGAGAUCUUGGAGGGUGUUAUCCGCCUCGGCCUACGGCCUCGACGGAUAACACCCUCCUCGAUCUCCAUAAUAAUUCUUCAUAAGAUACUCAGCCUCAUUCAUUAAUUGUUAAUUUAUAACCAUAUGAGAGUUCCACGUUCGCUUGGUUCUUGGGCACAUUCAGUUUUUGUUCCACCGUUAAUAAAUAAAUUUAGUCUGUACUUAACGCUCAGAACAAAACAGCAAAAUCUCUCAAAAAACUUAGUAAGUUUUUGGUAUUACUUCUUGUCAAAAAAGGUGACAAUAUAAAGUUCCCACAUGUUUUAUUUCCUGCGUUCAUUCAUUAUCAGCAUUAUCAUCACUGCUUACUUCACCAGUAACUUUGAGUUUGCUCGAGCAGUCCAUGUUUGGAAGAAGAAAAGGAAGAAGACUUUAUUUUUUAAGGGUUUUUAAUGAGGCUGAAAUUCCUGGGUGGUGGGCUGGUGAUAAAAGAUCCCAUUGGAGUGGAAAUUCUGGAGUGGUGCAGGGAUGUAAACCAAAAUGUCUUCUGUGGGGGAGGGGUGGGGGUGGAGUAUGGAUAUUUUCUGGAACCAUACAAUUCAGACUAGGAACUUAUAGGGUUUGUCUCUUGCUGGACAUCAACUUCUGAAAUUUUGUAAUGACUGUCUCUUAACUGUACCCAUUUGAUUUAUGUGAACUGUGUUUUACUGCUUUAUAGAAAAAAAGCUGAGAGAAAUUACCUUCUUCAAAUCAAAGGUAUUUGUCCCUCUGUAUAUCUACUUAACUGCCCUUGAUCCUUUUUUAAGUUUUUAGACUACUGUAACUUACUUAAUAGACCCAUUAUUACUGCAGAGAUAAUACUUAUUAUGUUAGAGGAAGGAGAAUGCUUAAUAUCUAGUCCCCCAGGUAGCAUUCUGGAUGCCAUAUGAUUUUACGGUUGUUGCCAUCUUGGACCGGCUGGCACAUUUUGCCUUCAUCUCAUGUGUUCUGUUUUUCUUGCCUGGGAACUGGUAUCUAUUUUGUGACACUCAUUCACAGAUGAAACAUUGGUGAGUUUGUGAAUAUCUUGAGCAUCGUAGUCAGUGUUUGACCUGCUAUUACUUACAUGUACUUUGCUUAGAGGUUUGGCCAACUGUAAAAUGUAAAAAAUACACGACAUUCAUUUGCAUUUUUAAGGAAAAAUGAAAUAGUAAAUAUGCAUUGUAAAAAAAGUGGGAGGAUCAACAAUAACACUGAGAAAGAUAGCUGCUGAUAUUCAUAUUGAUAAAAGUGUUUGAUUUUGAUUUCUCAGUCUUACAAGCCCAUCAAGUUUUGCACCCCCCUACGACUACCACUCACUACCCCCCCUCCCCAUCAUACACACUCUCCUAAUUUGCAAUAAAAAUAUUAUUAUUGUCAAACUAGAUUCUCUUGCUCUCUUUGUAGUUGGAGAAAAGUUUAGAUGGUUUUAUGAGAACAUAGAAGAGGAAAAGACACAAUAUUCUUGUUAUGAAGUGUGUGAGCUUAUUGAAAGGUGGGUAUUUUGUUGUACAUUUUUCCUGGACUAGCAAAAAACAACAAUAAUAGAUGUCAAUUAUUUUUAUUCAAAGGAAAAAAUAAAAGACAUCCUUGGGUAAUAGUAUUAUGCUAAUCAAGACUGCUGCCAAUUUUUAAAAUUAUUGUAAUUUGCCUUUUGUAAAAAUGAUAGGAAAAAAGAAUAACAGUUAAACAGUUAAACCAGUGUGGUGGUAUCAAUAAAAGCUGAUUAGCAAUGGUGUAAAGAUGUGAACUUAAACCGGUGCCUUUUUGGACUUAAUUGUCACCUUUAUGCAUUAAAUUAACAUUGUUCCAAAUGCUUGCCUUCUUUGGCUUACUGUAACACCUACAGCAUCUCGACCAGGCCAUCAGAAUGGGCUGUGGAGUUAGGGCUGGUUUAACUCAUAUAAACAGAUUUUGGUUUUUAUAGAGUAAUAUUUAAAAUCUCUUGCACUCUCUUACUUGCUUGUAUCACUGAGAUGAUAUCUGAAUUGGCAAACACUGAAUGCUGCAAUCUUUCUACAGUGUAAAUAAUGACCUGUUUGCUCUGAGACACUGUUUGUAACUUGCAAGUCAUUUUCUGGGUUACUUAACAUUUACAUGGUAAAAGUGUUUCUGUUUUUUCAGAUAUUUGCACAGAUUUGACCAAGAACUUGAGCAAAUUAAUGAACAGAACAGUAUGAAGGGAAGACAAGGCAGGGUUCAUGCAUCAAGGGAAGAUGCAUUAAAAAAUAUUAUUGAACAUGAAAGAGAACUUUAUAAUGCUAAUGGAAUUGGUGAGCAUGUGCAACUUUUUUUAAAUUUAUUAGUUGUUUUAAUUUUUCAUUAACUAUUUAAUGACAUGUAUUGAAAUCCAAAUUCUCCUCCCUUGGCUUUACUGUAUGCUUGUUAUGGAGGAUGAAAUCAGGAACAAAGGAAGUACACCGAUAAUGUAAAAAAUCAACUGAAGAAAUUUAUCUUGAGUGAUCCCGCCUUUGAUUUGACUAACCUCUGUAACUGACUCUUAGUCCAAAAGAUUGUUUGUAUUAAUUACUUUUUUGCACCAAAUUUAGUUUUUGGAGGGCUUAUUAAGACGGAGAUUUUCGGAAUGCAUGGAAGAUUUAGAAGAAGUUAAGUUAAUUAACUAUCCUCAUGUAACGUUAAGCACAUGUAUCAGAAAAGUUGCGUUAAAAAAUCAUUCGAGGCUUCCAGCCUCAAUGAAUUAGCAACUGAACGCAGCACAUUGGAAGCAAAAAAGAAAGUUUUGAACGCAAAGGUGGACUUAAAAAUGUUUUUUUUGUCUGCAGAACUUCCAGAUCUCACAUCUUCUAAAACACUAUCUCAGUUUAGGUAAGCCUAUAGAGUUAUGUGACGGCAGUUUGAGUUUCAUGCCAGGAACAUUCGGUUUUGGCCGUAAUUGAAGCUAGAUGAGACGCAAACGUUAGAUCUUGGAUUCCAGAAAGUGCAUGCUUUUGAAUCACGUCAAAACAUUUCCCCUUCUCAGAGGCUUUCGCUUCUCAUUAGCUUUCAAAACUGCACAGUACAAGUACAAUGAUUUUGUCGUUAGUUAUCCCAGCCCGUCAGAAGUUUUUGUGUUUUGUUGAACGAUAUUUUUAGUGGGUAGUAGUGGUGUUAAAAUUUUGUUUGUUCGUUUGUCUGGCUUGGUUUUCGUAGUAUUUGAAAAAGUUUUUUGUUUUUGUUGGCUUGCUUGCCCUUAAACAGUCAUUUCCUCUGAAAACAAUAUUGCCCACCUCAGGAAAAAAAAAAACGUAUACGACUUGUGAAGCUGAAUCUGUCGAUUUCAACACAGUGGAACCCCCUUAAAACGGACACUGACGGAACCACUGUAAUUAGUUUCUGUAUUAAUUAAUCGGGCCAUGUUAUUUUAUGUCUCAGUAGUCCAAAGUCAUUAGUAGACCUUUCAUUGGAACCAAAUACCAAAGAAAUAAAACAGGACAUUAGCGUCGUCAAUCUAAACAUCUCUAACUUAGUUUGAACUAACACAAAGGGGUCAUUCAGAUUCUGCAGACCAGUACCGCUGAAACACUUUAAAAAAGUUGAUCAUUUAUACAUUACAGUACUUACCGUAUUUAUUCGAAUAAGCGCCCAACCUCGAAUUAGCGCCCACCUCGAAUAAGCGCCCAUCCUAAAGGUAGAAAAAGUUAAUAAGCGCCCAGCCUCGAAUAAGCGCCCACCCCUCCCCUUCUCAAUCAAACUCAAAUAAGCGUUCACCCCCACCCCACCCACUUGAGUGAAUACAUUCUAAUAAGAGACUUCCCAGAGGACGGAGUUUUCUUCAGAGUAUUUUACAGAAACCUGCUUUGUUACUUCUUCGCGUUUUGUCAUUAGCAUUUAUUGUUUUGUUGCAAAAUAAACAUACUUCACUUUCUGAAAAUGGUGAAAAUUUAAUAAGCGCCCAGCCUCGAAUAAACGCCCAUCUCGAAUAAGCGCCCACUCUCAAGGUCCAAAAAUUUAAUAAGCGCCCAGGGCGGUUAAUCGAAUAAAUACGGUAAUCACAAACAGUACCCUGCAUAACUCAUCUCAGUGUUGCCAAUAUCGUCAGAAAUUAACUUUAUCUUUUCCCGUCUAUUGUAACAAUGUGACCAUCGACAUGCUGUCAUAUGAAGAUUCUUCGAUAAACGUCAGAAAAAGCAAACCUUAGUACAGCAGACAGUUGGCAAGGAAGUGUCCGUAUUAGCAGGGUUAACUUUCCAUAAGAAUCUGUUGAUUGGCCGAUGAGAGAAAAGUGUCCUUUUUUCGCAUUAGCCGGUGUCCGUAUUAAACGGGUUGAAUUUAGAGAAAACCUUUCGUUAUAAUGAGAUGUCCGUAUUAAGUGGGUGUCCUUGAGCGGCAUUCGACUGUUCAGCCCACCCACAUCUCUACAACCAAGAUUUUAACCAUUUUUAUUUUGCUUUCAGAGACUGGGAUUGCGAUGUAGCCAGCCUCAAGCUGAUGAAAAUGCGAAAAUUUAACUCAUCUCUGUUAAACAAAAAACAGGACACAAAGACUAUGAACAUUGGCAACGACGAUACGGAUGAAAAAGAGAUUAUUAGUGAAAAAAAAUAAAAUGGCGUCCUUAACACUUAUCGCAACUCUUGCUCACAUUGAUACAUUUUUUAAACUAAAGAGCAAUUUCGUACGUUUUCAAGCAAAUACCCCCUGUAAAAUACUUUUGUGGGACGGGAGGUACAAACCACGGCUUUCGAAUCCAGUCAAAAUAUAUUUUUGUCUCUUUCCUACGGCCUUACGAUUGGAACAUCUCUCAUAUCUUUUCAUUUCUUUCCGCACUUGUCUCUUUGAAUUGGUCGCCGGGAUAAACUUUAGUGUCAUCAGGAUCUUCUCCCCUAAUUGGGAAACAUCAAAUGAAACCUCUUUAGUUGUUCCUUUUAGAUAGUGUGUAGUUCAAACGUUUGAGGCAGUUGCAGUAGUUCAAAAUUUAAGCACUUGAAAUUAAGGAUUUUUAUUGAAUUUUGAUUAGAAACACUGGAGGGUGUAAUGCGUCAUUUGACUCUGGAAAAAUUACCUUGUUCAACGCAGCUAAAUUAUUUUCGCCAAACUAUUAACCCAGUGGUAAAUAUUUACCCCCAUCAAGAGCCACAAUAGGACUAUUAUGGCUCUUGCCCCCAUAUAUUUUCUCCAGGGCGUGGUUUUGGGGGCAAGGAAGCUGUUGGUAGGAUUUCCUCAUUGUCACCGUUGAAAGGUACCCAAAUUUGGGCGAGUAAGUACAGCCCUAAGAUCUACGAGACGUUGACAAUCUUUUUUGAUGGAACGAAACUCAGUUCCGGAAAAAUACCGUAAUUUUUUUUUUGAAAGGGUGAUUCGGCUUUAUCCUACCAGCCUUUUCGUCUCUUAUAUCAACAUAUCUCCAGUAUUCAAUCUUCUUUACGCUGUUUUAUAACCCCAGAGCUUAUUGUUGACCGGCAACGUCUCUUUGAUAGAAUCAGCGCAUUGAUCUUAGCAGCUGAUGUGGUAAACUUGGGUAGUACCUCAUUUGACAUGUCACUCCUUGAAUCCGGAUCCGACAAAGCAACUAUACUUAAUUUAGAGCUUUCAACAAGAGCAAUACUUCCUCGGUAACUUUACAGUUGCUGCUUUUAUCUAAAAUAAAUUUUACGUGUGUCGCUAAACAACAAAUCAAAGUAGCGUCCUUCUUCCAACCCUUCUUCCUCGUGGCUACAUUUCUAUAAAAAUCUUUUGUAAUACCCACACUUCGCAGUUGACUUCCGGCUCAAAACACGUUUAAAGGCUUCCCGAAAUUUUCCCUUCCCAAAUUGAUAAUCCACUCAUUUAGGAAACUGCAAACUGUCUCUGCUAUAUUUCAAACUGGUCGAUUGGUGUUUCCUUUAGCAGGCCUCACGAAACAUUCGCAUGAUGCAUUUUCCAGAUAUAACAUGAUUUUAUUAUUAGAAACCUGCAGGUACUUCUGAGCCUAGAGAGUUCAUCUCAGUUCCCUCUGUUACUUACAUUGAAACUCGGCGGCGGAUAAAAGGAAUUUCUCGUAUCUUGCUAAUGGUUUUAUGUACCAUGUACUCAUCUGUUGGUGCCACCAUCGGGGAAAUAAAUGUUUGAUGACUUGCAUGGCGCUAGCUACCAAAACCAAGUCAGAAGACAAUAGAUUUUUACAUGUGGUGCAGGUUCCUUUUUUAUGGGACACAAAAAUAUUAGAAAGCAGGAUCCGGUGUGACAUUACAGAGAGACUUUUUCAGUUUGUCGUUCAACUCCGGUGUCGUGUGGCCAGAACGAAAGGUAUGUUUAGUUUAUAUUUUCUUUACAAUUUUUUGGUAUUCUUCCUUUUACUAAAGGAAUAUUUUACCCGGAGAUCAACUAACGGGAAAGAUGUUGAAAUUCAGUUCAUUUUUUUAGAAAUAUCCAUAUGAUCGACUUUAACUGGUAGCACUAACAUGUUUACUACGCCAUAGUUUACAUUUCAACAGUAAGACGCACAGAUUUCAUAGUCACGAGUUCAAGUUAUUGUUAGGCAAAAAAAAAUUAGAAUAUAUCGGAAAGUGAGAGUGAACGAUCAAAUCAACAACCCGUAAAAAUGGCUCUUGCUGAUCAAACCCGCACGCUAGGGAGAUGAGAUAAUGAAGACAACGCACGGAGGUGUGUCUCAUAAAAAAUAACCUUAAUUCUUCCUCAUCAGAUAAAAUGUUUGUUACUUAACUUUCUGACCAACUAUCCAUGGUUAAAUCAAGCUAUUGUAGGAAGUUGUUCGAGCGACUCGCCCCCUAAGCGAAGGUGCCCUGAGUCUAGAUCUACUGAUUUUCUUGGCUCUACAUAUUGUUGACUUCACAACCCAUAGUUUUAUUCCCUUAGUUUAAGUGGACCUUUCGAAUAAUAGACUAUUCGUGUCACGUCUUUUUUGCCCGGUAACGUGUCCGUGUCCUCCACAUUUUACCGCUCAUGCGUAAACUAGUCUACACUGGUGAACUGGCCCGGAGGCGCCAACAACGUCAAACCAGAAGCUUCAGAAAAGGGACCACGGUUAAAUCUCAUCAAUGAACACCCCUAUAAAACGGUUUCCUGGAGUUGGUAUAGUGCGUUUUUAUUACUUUUUUUCUUAGCCUCUCAUUGCAAGGCAAACGUCGCCUAACUGAGCCAACCCACAGCCAAACGGCCGGCCAAACAUUAUCCUUCCUCUAGUAUUAAAGUUUAGAUUAGGGAUCGAUGCUGCGUGCGGGUGUGUUCGGGUAACUCGUGAAUCGCUCGCUACAAGAUGAGGAACCAGGAAUCUGAUUUACAUCUUGCUCUUUACUCUUCUUUGACUUCUGCUAACAAUCUUAAUCUUAAUUAAUCUUCUAACUCUUCUUCUCUACUGACUCAAUCCUCACUUACUAGUUCAAGUACAGUAGCGAUUGUUAUAGUCAAAGGUCAGGGGCACCCAACGAGAAUAUAGUUCAAAACCACUUAAACAUAGCAUUGUUAAAAAGUAUUUUAGUGUUUAAACGGUAGAUAUAGGCAUAUUUUUAUUCCCUAAAAAUUUUUCAUCUGUUCGGAUUUCCUAGGUGAAAGUCUCGAGAUCCGAAAAUCAUAGGGAUCAAAACUUACCUUUUCGAAAAUUUCAGCCAGAAAAAAGGCUCCCGAAAAUUCUAUGUGAGCUUUUUAGGGUAAAAAUCCUUUAAAAAUGGGCAAUUACACCAAAAUCCUAGGAGAGGUAGGCAAGCAAGAAAUUUUACAAAAAAUGUUCCGAAAAUUCUUAAAUCUCAAAUCGUCUUCCGAACAGAUAUUUUCCGAAAAUAGACGUUGGGUGCCCUUGAAAGGUGGACAUGUUUGGGUUAACUGACCGUGGGAGGAUAAAAUCAAAGCCGUUGAACUUGGUGUGGGUAAUGUUUUGGUAUUACUGAACCUACAUGGUUGCGAUCGGCAAGAAGCUACAAACCAAUGAAAAACUAAAACGCUGGUUAACAAACCCAAACAGGAACUUCAACGAGACUAAUGAACCCGAAGGUCUGACAUGACAAACACGACCACCUUCUGAAAAACUAACAUCUGACAAUAGCAAACGAACAAUAUUUUUGAAAUCAGGAAAAGACCUACGCGGACAAAAUCCAAACUAACCUUGACCCACUUAAUGAAACAAAGACGAAAAACUUAAAAGAAAAUACAAAUCUUAAAGAUAACUUUCAAAAUACUUUAAAACAAUCACCGCGAAACUCGAUUGUAAACUAAGCGCUGGAGCCAAGCAAAAAUUAUCAACGCUUCUACUGAAAACGUUUUGUCAUUUGAAAAAAUUAUUACAGUGGAACCUCGAUACAACGAACCUUUAUAUAACGAAGUAUAAAGAACGAUUUUCUUUACCCCGCUAAUAUAGUAAAGAAUAUUAUGGGAAAGGACCUCGAUACAACGAAACAUCGCAAUACCGAACAGAUUUUGCCAGUCCCUUGGCCCUUCGAUAUAUCGAGGUUCCACUGUAGAUUUCGGGUAACUUUUGUAACGUUUUCUUUCAAUCUCUGUGUAUAUCUAAAUUUUUGAAUAUAAAUAUUUGUGAAAAACAGUAGAUAUUUAUUUUUGCUACCCACUGUGAAGAAUCAAGCUCUCAUGCAAAAGAUCCAAAAGAGCUGAGUAAUUAUACUUUCUCGUCGAAAAGGAGGGUGGAGUGGGGUUAAUUUAUGAAGGAACACAGGGCUUUUGUCUUGGUCAACUUUAUAGUAUACGUACAAACCUCGUUCAGGUUUCACAAAAGCUUAUAAGAUAACCUGCGAUCAGGCGGUCCUUUUUUUAUCUGACAACAUAACACAAAUGUUGAAAGAUAACUUAAUUAGGGACGGCAGUAGAUGUAUCAGGCGUUCUUUUUUCCCUUUUCUUCGUCCGCCGACUUUCGCGCUAUCCCCGAAAAAAGAACGCCCGAUCGCAGGUUACUUAUGAGGGGAUACCAGGGCGGGUGGGCGGGCUAACUAACCUUGAAUAACUUGACUACAGAAAGCGCGAAUUAAAAAGAAGCCUCAGUAACUGAAACAUGAGAUCAGACGCAAACCCUUAAACAAGCAGAUCAUUCGCUACAAGUAUCUGUGUUUUUCUUUAAAACCCAGACGCAUAACAUAAAUAUGAUAACCAUACCAAGUCUACAAUAAAAAACCUGUAUCAACCCACCGUUCCAGUAAUAACAUAAUUGCUAAGUGGUUAUCUCACUCUGCGUAUCACUUUAUACACGUAAAUCUAACAACCAUCUUCCUUGAAAAAUUAAUUGUUUGCCUAUAAAUUCGUUGUGGACCUGAAAGCGCCAACUUCUGCUCAUAAGUGACAGUAAAGUCACGAUUGAAGUUUAAACAAUACUAAAAAAGACCUGUUAAAUUGACUAAGCAAAGACGAGCCAGGCCAGUGAAUAUCAACCCGAGUUGGAAAAAAGGUAAAAUUGUUUGUUUUUUUACACCGAUUAAUCAAAUUAGUUCGGAGCACUAAAGAAACCACAUUUUCCCCUAGUAAUUGAAACUUUACAAUAAAGUUACUUUUACACCAAGCUCGUCCCCAGGGAAAAGCGCCCUGGGAAGAGCUUGUCUUACAGCCUUUACGCUAUCCUUCUUCAACUUAUGUUUGCUUUUGUGUUAUAGGAGAAAUGAUGAGAUUUUUGGCGGUUCUUGUGACCAUCUUGAUUGUUUGCCUGUCAGAUGCAAUGCCUUUUAACGGUAAGAACAAUUAUAUGCAUCAUUUAGUCAUUACAACUAAUACUGAAAUAAUCCUUAAUUUUAUUUGUAUAACGGCGAUACAUUCGAUGCUAAAAUAUCUGAUACAAACAAUAAUCUACUCUGUUUCUAAUCUCACCCCAUAACAACUGAAAAUCACCUUGAAUUAAUGAAAUUCGAAUAGUCCAUUUAAACGUCACUCUCUUCUACGGGCGGCCGUUAGCACCAAAAAACAUGUCAAAUAAGACGAAACCUCUUAUGCAGGGAGUAACAGUGGUUAUGCAAUAUUGAAUAAAGCCAAAAAAACCAGUAAGACGACAAGCAGACACCAAAGCACAGUGGAAUACAUCACAGGUUAGUCUUCUUUAUUCGUUUCAUUGAUGCAAAAAUUAGGUUUAACGUUAUUUAGCGUUCGCAGAUCUCAGUAUUUUAUUUUUCAUACAAAGUCUCUUAUUUUCAACUGCGCUUUGUAACGCGACACCGGUGCUUCGUCCAGCACAAAGGUCACCUAAUUUAAAUUCCUUUACUCCUCGUAACGUGAGCUUGGUAGGCCUGUGGUUCAAAGAGAAAUGCGAAAAACGCGCGGGGUCUGGGGAGAAACAUUUUUCUCGCAGCCACCGCAGCCUUUCCCAAGUCGCGCACGUCUUCUUUUUGCUUUGCUCGAUUUAAUAUAGCCUCCCACACAGACGGAACGCGUGACGAACCCCUAAGAACGUCUGCGUAGAAGGCUAGUUUUAAUGCGUCCCCACAAUACUAUCUGAGAGCCUGGCACAGGCUAAUGUGCGGUCUGACGUAAUGUUCGUUAUUUAUGGGCUAUAUAUAAGAAUCUUUUUGUGCCAAAUUUUAAUUUUAAAAAAGGAAUUGUAAAGCCAGUGCCCAACAAUUUAAAGCAAAAAAACGGAGAGAGUUUUGGGUCCGGAGGACCCAUUGGGCUGGUCUCUUAAAACCAUAAAAUGUUUCACCUAGCUUCAGAGACAUCAUUGUUUCAAUGCUCUGGGAGAUUAAUUUCAACUUUUAUUCGUGCAUGUUUUGACUACGGCCCUGUAAGCAUAUAGAGAAAAUAAAAGGUUGAGGUCAUAUAAUCGCGUAUCUGUUGUUGGUCUAGACAUUUUGUUUCACAAUCUUGAUUCGUUUUGGGGGUUUAUUUUUAGAUAAGGGAGCGUCACAUGUGGAGGGGGGGGGUUAUUUUGAUAAAUUUCAUGAAAGUGUAUCAGUUCAGAGUAUAACGAGCCUGAAUUGAAAUUGAACGUUAACAGCCGUAAAUUAUUGUAAACUUUGAUCUCAUACACACGACUUUAGAUGAAGUACGCUGUGAACCUCAGCACGAUUUACAGCUAGAAUAUGCGGGGGUGAGGGUAAAAUUUAUUGGGGGGCAAGAGAGAAUGGGGUUGGUCAUUUCUAAAAAGCUAUGAUGAAUUUGGGGGGGAAGGUUUGAAAAUAAUCUCAGCUUUCUCAAAAUGGCUACCCCCCCCCCUCACAGCAAAUGAACGAUCAGCCCUCAGACGGCAAAAAUCGACCCACAAAACCCGUCGUUUUUAAAAUUUGCCUGAAGGGUAGUCUGUGAAGGUGCAAGAAAGGACAUACAUUCAGGAAAUUAUUGACGGCACAGCUUACCAUAUUUGCAGCUUGUGAAAUCAAACGUGAAAUCGUGAAAGAAACGAAUCGGGAUCCGAGGGGCAUAGCCGCGUAGGAGUAUUGUCAACAUUCUUUCGCGCCAUUGAUAUAGAACAUUACCUCAGACCCCACAAAGACUAAACAACUCCAGUCUUGACUUGUCCAUAUUUCACUCUUAAAUCGUUCCACUUUACAUUGAACCAUUUGCGUAUGACUUAAACCACUUGUAAAUGUUUGAGUGACUUCUUACUUUACUCAAACCAUUACGCAACAGAGCAGAUGACCGUUCAUUAUCAAGCUCGAUCAUUUCGCGCAUUGUAUAUUGGUGGAUUAUAAUUUAAACAAACCGAUUCUUGUUUGGCGAUAUCGUUUUAACAUCUACCAGUGGACAGCUCCUCGUCUGACCAAAUCGUUUGUAGUUUAGGUGAACCAUUUCACACAAAACAACCAGACUGUUUUAUUUUAAGAAUGAUCAUUUCUUUAUUAUUUGAACAUUUCGUAAUUCAUCACUAAUGACCAUUUGCGCUUUGUCUGUGCUAUUUGACAUGAUUGUGUUUUUGGUAGUAACGGCUUUCUACAAACGGCCGCCCAUACUCUUCCCUUAACCUUCUCUUUUUGGGUUCAGAAUUCAAAGUGAAUAUUAAAGAAAAAAUGUUGACCUUGAUAUACUGUACUAACAUUAAUGAUCUAAUACUGUGCCAACAUUGGUCGGGUCAGUAUAAAAUAUGGACUGCGGACUGCGGACUGCGGACUGCGGACCACGGACUGCGGACUGGGUAUAAAACACGGACUAGGUAUAAAAUGCGGACUCCAGACUACGUAUAUAAAAACAGCUUUAGAAAGGUAAAACUGAGAGAAACGGAAAGCGGACUAGCAUAAAAAAAGUAGUCCCAGCUCCUUGCGUCACAAACAAACAUUCCUUUAGCUGGUCACGCAGUGUAUUCUUCCCAACGUCAGUGUCAUGAGGAGAAGGAAAGCAUACUGCACGGACAAGGAAGGUUAUGCCUCUACUCAAGGCAACUGAAAUUCAACUCUCAAUUCUUUAAAAAGAAGGAGUAAGAAGAGAAUUAAAUUUAUAGUUUUAAACCAAUAAGAAGCACCGAAUAAAAAAAAAAGUAUGGGUGUUAGUCAAUGUAAAAUUUUUAUAGAUGCCACUAUUCAGUUUCAAAUAAAGCCUUGGGAAUAUGAGGAAAUGAAGAACUCAGACGAGAAGGUCAAUAUAGGGGCAUUCCGCGAUGUAAAAAAGUAGUAUGUAAGGGGGAGGGAUUACUCACCUAUACGUGAAUAAUAACCGAAAUGAAUCAUCCAACGUCAUAUUCUAAGGGAUGAUUUAUGAUGAUAUGAUCAGUACACCCUGCUCCUGACCCCCCCGGGGGGGGGGGGUACUUCUGGGAAAUCUUGGUGAGGGUGUGCCGCCCGGUUCUCCAAAUCCUGUCCAUAUAUCAGACCAAAAAUGCCAUUUUCCGCACCCGUUUUCAGCUCAGAUCUCUAAAAUUCAUACCCAUUUUCAGUCCUGGCCUAAUUUAGCCUGUUCCAGGUUUUCAGAUAGUGGGGGAGACUCCCCAGUUUCCGCACGUUUUAUUUUCGUGUUCGCGCUUUCUCAAUUCAGCGGACCCAACAAUCUCGGAGCCUGGAACAGGCUAGGCAUAAUUGGGGAGGACGUAUGUCAUCAUUACCAGAUUAGAACGGAAAUAAAAAAAAAUUCUUCAAGCGAUUUAAAAUUCGCAUAUUUCUAUUUCGCUCUUAUUCAUUUGGAAUUGAAAUGAUCAAUAAGUUCACCAUGUCACUCCCGUAGUUCCCUCGAAUCCAGACCAAAAUGAGCAAAGUGUGUUCAAACCAAAGGGGCCUAAAAACCCUGCCCUUUGGGGCAGCACAUACCUAUAUAACUUAUAUAAGGGAGUCCCACCCCCCUUCUCGGGUCCUGAUCUCUUUCAUGGUUGUUAGAGACUGAGGCCAGGUCAUAAAAUAGGUGUAGAAAAUUGGUCAGGUGCAUGAUUCAGAGAACCGGGCGCCACACCUCCACCAAGAAUUUCUAAGUGUAUUUGUAACUUAAUUCACUUUUCUUUCUAUUUAUCGAUUUUUUUUAUCUUAUUUUUCGUUACCUAGUUCGUUUAUUUAACACCCAAUCCGCAGUCCGCAGUUUAUACCAACUCCAUCUUUUAUAUCCAGACCAUAUUUUCCAGUCCUCGUUUUAUACCUAGUCUGUAUUUUAUAACCAGUCCGCAGUCUGUAGUCCGCAGUCCUCAGUCCAUUUUUUAUACUGACCGACAUUAAUCUUAAUUAGACUGCCGUGAUCAUUACGAGUUUUGUGGACAGUGGGCGAAAGGUCAAUACUGCGAAAUGAAAGAUUACAAAGAUUACAUGCACCUUGUAUGUCCAUACUCUUGCGGCCUCUGUAACGGUAAAAAAAACUUUUGUACCUUUACAUACUACCUGCUAACAUCGUUGAUGCUAAGCCGUGAUAUUUCUAAUAGCCUGCUUGCACUCCACUAAAUUUCUCUUUAAAAACCUCUCGGGUUACUUAUCCCGCGUUUGCAAAACAAGGCGAUUAAACGAGAUGGGAUUAGGGAGAGACACAGAAAGAGGGACCUCUGGCGCUUGUGUAAUUUAUAACAAACCUAGAGGCAGAUCCAGAAAAUUCAGAAAGGCGUGGCCAGGACACUUGCCAACUAUAUAGAUACUAUAUUUUGUUCUCAGAAUUCCUAAUAAAAGAAAAUAUAACAGAAAAGGGAAGGACGCUGACUCUCGACCCUACCCUAAAAUCCGCCCAUGAAACUCUCCGUCAACCCAGCAAGGAAACUGCCGAUUAAUGGCCAAUUCACACCUGUUACUUAUUUACUAAAAUUCUCCAAUGCUAAUAAACAUAGUGACAGUGGAUGAAACAAAACUUGUUUCCCAAAUAAUAAAUAUCAACCGCUUUAUUACCUAUCAGCCCAUAAUUGGUGGGACAGAGAGUGAAUCUUUGGGCCUUGAUGUCUACCUCCCCUACUCUUGGCCUACGAACUACAAGAAUCAAAACAGUGAAAGAGCUGCCUAAUAUUAACGAACUUCUCGUUAAAAGAUGAACGGAACACCGUUAUGGACCUUGUUAAUGGAAGAAGGACCAAAAAAAAGACUAGAUUGGGAAAAAAGCGUCUUAGAGAAGUCGAAUUCAGUUCACUUAUCACGUGAUCUCCAUAAAUGACCAUGAUUAAAUCCCGCGCCGGCGCCACCCCCUCUUCUGAGCCCAAUCCCUCUCGUCCCUAUUCUGUUCCUGUGAGCAUACGGCAAGACGGAUUAUUUGAUAGAAAGAAAUUGGCUUGGAGAGAAACAGGUUGCAAGCAGUCUAUGCUUCUAAGACAUAAUGGACUAAGUAUAACUCUUUCAUUGCUAACAAAAACUGACAAUAUCACUGAGUAGCGAAUCCUCAAUAACAGAAUGAUUUGUAUUAAUUAGUGUAUUGUAGCACUGUGGGAAUCCAUCCAUGCUAUCACUAGUUAGAGUCGCUCUCUCGGUGUAAAAGGUUUCAUUUGUGUGAACACACCAUAGAUUGUUAUUUCUAGACUCUAAAGACUGAAGUAUUAGCUCGCACAGCCAGAAGCCUUCUGCUAAAGCAUAACAGUACUAUGAACAUAUAAUAUAUAUACCAUUACUCAAUAGCUCCCAUGUAUGGACACAUUAAACGUCGCGAACUAUAACUGAAGUUAAAGCCAUUUCGUAUACAGCUUUGAAUGCCAUCAAUUUAUUAUGACAGAACUUUCCUAAUGAGCAUGAUCAAUUGUAUCUUACUUGCAGACAUCUUAGGUGAUGUGAGCGCUUCCGGGGAAGCAACGUCCGGUACAGGUUACCAAGGAGAAAGUCAAGACAACGCACAUAGAGUAAUACCAGAAGUUGGCGAAGAUUUUGAGGGCAUCACUGAGAAAGAAAACAGUUCUAAGCACACCGGUGAGAGAACAGAUCAUAAGGAUGAAAAAGAGAGUCUGUCAGGAUCAGGUGAAGAACAGGACGGCCCUCUUUUUCUUGGAACGGCAACCAAAAAAGCAGAGUCUCGUUUUCAUGGAGAAGCCGAACAGCAAGGCGAGUCAGGUGAUCAGCAGGAGUCUAUUUCCGGUUCCGGUAUUAAUCCUACUGGCGCUAAUUUUUGGGCUAUUGUUAGAAUUGAACCUGAGUCAGUCAACGCAGGAAGCGAACGAGAGCACCCACUAAAUCGUAGAUCUGAUACAUUCAUUCCUCAGGAGGCGGCAGAAGGCAGUGCGUCCGGUAUGGACACUUCCGGUGAGAUUCCAAGUCGGAAAAACCAGAUUCCAGUUGAAAGUUUCUCAGGCCAGGAUGUAACUUCUGGAGAAAAUUAUGUCAAUCAAAGAGAUCAAGUUGCGACCACAAGUUCUUCCAAGGAGAAUGCCGUUUCUGGCGAAGACGAGGCACCGUUCGAGAGUUCCUCCACUGAAUCAGAAUUAGACUCGGGUUGCUCCUCCGGUGAAGGAUGUUUUGAAUCUGAUGGUGUUCAGGAAGAACAGGGCGGGCAAAGUAAUUCACGAUCAGUUAUCGCUAAGGUUGAGGCAAAUGCAAUUGCUUCUGGAAGUGCAAGUAAUUCUGGUGAUUCGUCAGAUGAUGUCUCGCUUCAUCCACAUUUCGAUGUUCUAGCUGGUCCUUAUGAUGAUCAAACACCUACUUCCGGAGGCGCUCCGUUGAGUUCCGGUUCCGGAAGUGAACUUGGCAAUGCUUUACACAAUAUCGAAGACGCCAUUUUCGAGAAAGGUGAACCUUUAGAGAUUAGCCGCGAUGCUUCUUCCGGUUCUGGACUUUCAAGUGUUUCACAUACUGAGAAUCAGAAUGACUUUGCGACAUCUGGUUCAGGGUCUGGUGCCGUCGACAAGGAGGAAAAUCGAGAGGUAUUUGUAACUCCGCAAAACCACACUGAGAACAUCAGCCUUAUGGAAAAGAUGAUGAAGGUAGGAAAGCUGCAAGCGUUUGGGAUCUCUCACGUGGCUAAUGUUGGGGGUACAAGCAGGAACAAAGUACCUAGGCUUGAGUCAGCAGUGCAGUCAGAUUUAGGUAAGCGGAGUACGCUCUACGCACGCCUGCGUGGGAGGCUAGUUUUUUUGUGGAUGAAGUCUUAUUCCCCAAAAAAGAGAGUGUCUGGCAAAUUGUUUCCAAUCAAAUAUUUGUGAACUCGCGUCUGGCAAACUCCCCGAGUAUUUAUAUAUACACAGUUAUACGUCCCUUAUAACUUCAUCUGCGCUUAACGAAUGCCUUUUGGUCCAUAACUUUCAAAACAGCUGCUCCACAGAAUGUAACUUACAACACGUAACGCAAAUGAGUAUCGAAGUAUGGCUGCACAAUAAAUGUCACAAAACCUACCUAAGCGGUCCCUUCGGAAUUUUCUGUUUACGUCAUCCUAACCAUCUCUCACUUGCGGGCGCUAUUAAUAGAAAAGUCAUCAUUGCCCAACGAUUCCCCCCUGCCCCUGUUCAAGCAAAUCGAGAUUUUUUCUGGCAUGCUGACUGUAUAUUUCAACGGUAAGAACUUUCCUUAAUAUACGCGCUAGCUACUAGAGUGCCUCCUGCGGGGUCAACUAUUUUUUUGGUUUAACUUGGCCAAGAGAACUCAACCACUCAAUUCUAAAAAGUCACUGAAUCGUGAACUUAUUAGCAGAAUUCUAAUGGGUGCAUAUUUGAAAUUAGGAAUUUAGUUCUUGGAAGUCCUCUGCACCGAAAGAAAAAACAACUUUGUUCCGGGACUGACAAGUAGGAAAGAGGAACUGGUCUGUCACUGAAAUCUAUUAAAGAUCGACUUCAUUUAUAUUACAGUAAUAAUGUUGGCACAGUAUAUUUGAUUGAUGUUGACUCUCCAGCCUUCGAUUUGUGCUCUAGCUCCUUGCUUCAUUUAGAGCGACCGACUGAUUCAUUUAAUUUCGUAUACAAUGUUUAUGAUCCACAGGAAAAGGAGAGAAAGUAUCAAUUAUCUUAAAUCAAGAUUUCCACGAUGGAUAUGCAAAUGAGAAUUCCGCGGCUUAUGAAAUUCUCGCCAACAGUGUCAAAAAAGAGGUAAGAUGCCAAGAGCGACUAGGUAGAUCACUAAGAAACUCAUCACUCAGCGAAAUUAUGCACAGCUAUCACUGAAGUCAAUAUUUUCAACCGUUUAAUGCGCAAGCUUUCAAUAGUAAGCUCCUUUAACUGUAGUUCAAAGUAGCGUUUUAUUUGUUAAAACUCAGGCAUACCAUAAGUCAUCUAUUAAGCUACUCCUCUUUUCAGGGGAAGAAUGUUAUUACCCCCCGCCCCCUCCUCCUCUCCCCUUUUUUCUUGAGUAAUGGAGUGUAUUAAUCCCGAUCACGACAGCAACACUUCACGCGGACUGGAUGGUCGGAUUUGUCAGUAUUUGAUCUUCGGCUACAUUGCCUCCACUUUCAUGCGGUGCUUGAACUUUUCCACUUCGCUUUCUUGAUUUUAUGCAGCAUUGAUGUCAUCAUUUUUGCAUUCACACCAAAGGUUAAACAUGUUUAAAAGCUGUUUCGUUAGACACAGUUUAAAUUUGUUUUCUUCGUAGAAGUAGCUUACUGUACUGUUAUUCAGUGUUAUUGAAUGCAAUUUUUGUGCAGUUACAUAACGUGUUCAAUUUUAUUUGAAUCAGCUGUGCGAAAGCCUGAGUUCCAGUUUUCGGUUACUGAUUUUCAUUUGGUGAAACCUACAAUUGUCGUUCAUUUUAAAAACAUAUUUAGUUGGUGUGAAUGGGGUAAGUUAAAUAACUUCUCUUCCCCCUCCCAUAACGUGCUUGAAAUAAAUAAACCCUCUCGGGGGCUUAAUAAUAGAGGAUUUAGACCGUAUAUGGCAGUCAGGUGAGAAGGGGAAUUUUUUAAAAAAGUCACCGAUGCAAUAGCUCUCGCCUUUUAACAAACAAUUUGUGUUGCCUGUAGCUAACCUUUAAACUUUUUUGGCAGGUUGAAAAAGUUCUAGGAAGUAAUGCAGUGGUUUCUGAAAUUUCCUUUUCGUAAGUAUCACUUCGACGUCGAUGAUAACAAAUGUUGUAGCCUGCAAUACAUUGCUUGCUCCUCGCCGUUUGGGACGUUUCUCCAGGCGAGGAGAAACCGCUGUAUUUACAGGUUACUAGAGCUGGAACUUCAUUCAGGCAGCCUGCAUUUAUACCAGCUUGAAUAAUGACUGGUACUACUAGUAGGCCAUCUGCACGAUGACGUCUUUUGACUACUAAGACCAGAAUCCUUCAGGGUUUUGCUUUGUUGUGUAAAUUAGGGGUCUUGUUAUUUAAACCUCGCUGGGAUUUCCAAAUUUGAAUAUGAACGGAAAAACGAAAAGGAUUCUAGAGACAGUAGUAAAAUGAGGCCAUCAGGCAAAUGGACAUUUCAAAGUAAAAAUACAACAUUUCAUUCUCCUCUUUAUCAACAGGGAAAUCCGAGAACCAAGACAAUCACCAAGCUUUUCCAAGGUUAUGACGACAUUUAAACUUCUUGGUGACACCAAAAAAUUGGAAGAGGCGGUAAAGAAGGGAACAAUAAACAAUUUGGUCGUGGACAAGAAAUUUUUUCAUGCAAGUUGAAAAGUUUUUUUUUUUUUUAUACGGAUCAGAUGAGAGAGCAGCGAUAAUAAACAUUUUUUAUUUCCAUGUUUUAUAUAAUUAAACACACUAUGACGGCUGAAAUUUUAAAACGGGAAUAAUCGGAAUUGACUGUCGACGCUUGAUAGAAAGUUAUCGUGAGUUGUUUUGGUACAUGUGCGAUAAAAUAAACAGUGGAAUUCUACGCUGUGCGAUUCUUAGUGGAAUAAAACUAAAAUCGUGCCUAGUCUGUUUUUUAAGCCAAUCAGAGGUAAAUAAAAUUUAAUAAAUCGUGAAAGAAUCGUAUCCGUCUUUUUCUUUCUUUCUUUUUUUUUGCCACCGCGCUCACUUUACAACAGCAAUAUUUUAUUGUUUUGAUGCCUUCUGACCGUUUCAUUGGAUACUGUC